AACCAUUUUAAAGGAUUUCCUGAGAUCCAAGAAAAGCCAACCUAUAGGGAAAAGGGAGAGGUGGACAUUAAACAUCUUCUAAGGACUCUUCUAGCUGAUACUAUGAGAUGAUGACAAAAGAGAAAACAUCUGGAAAGUGAAGAGUCCCAGGAAACCUCUGAGAUGGAACGAGGAUUCUUAAAGUCACAGGAGGAUGUCCUGCAGCCUGCGUUCACUGAAGUGGCUAAAGGCUGGUUGUCUUCUACCUCCGAAUAUUUCUCUUGCAUCUCAUCUUCACAGAAGCUCAUCCAUGGUGGCCUCCAGCUAUCACAUCAAGAUAGUCUUUAGCCUAGAUCUUCCCUAGCCCAGGUUCAGGAACAGAGGGAGACUCCUCCUCCCUCACAACAUGUCUCCUUGUCAUCCCAUCCAUCCCAUAAGACCUGUGUGUCCUCUCUGUGUGCGAACAAAGAGGAAAGGGGCAUGAAAAUAUACUACAUGCUGGCACAAAAAAAAGGCAUGGUUGUCUCCUGGGAGACAGAGAAAACCUCAGCGUCACUAGAAAAGCAGCCGAGGAUGGAAGAAGUGACCCUACCUGAGAAAGUGAGGGCAAGGGUGGGUACUCUCUCCUCUGGUGCAUCCACCAGAAACCUACAUUCUGACGGUGAUCCCAGUGGGGAGGAGAGAGAACUUGAGGAAAAGGCCGAGUCAGAGAGCCCAUCACGGUCACCUGCCUAUGAGGAGAGACCGAGGGCCGAGAUACCUGACUGGCUUGUUGCCAUGAAGAAAGGCUUCAGAUGCAUGGUCUGCUGCCGGGUGUUUGCCCCCUUGGAGACCCUCCAGGAGCACAUUCAGUACGGGAUCAGGGAGGGCUUCAGCUGCCACGCCUUUCAUCUUACUAUGGCUCAGCUGACAGGGAAUGUGGAGCCAGAGAUCACCCAAAAGAAGGAGGAGGAAGAGAAACAAGAAGAAAAGAUGAAUGAGGAGGAGCAGCCUGCAGGGGAAGACCUUGGCCUGAGGAGAUCCUGGAGCCAAUGUCCAGGCUGUGUGUUUCAUUCUCCAAAGGACAGAAAGUAA